CCCUUUCUCCAGGACUGGGCUGGGCUUUCUUUUUUUGACAGGCGACGAGCGGCUGAUUUUUUUUUAAAUUCUGUCUUCUCUCUCUUUCUCUCUAGGGUUUUUUUUGUUUCCGCUUUCUCUCUACAUUUUCUCCUUCAGUGGCAUUCACCACUCUUUAUUUUACAUACAUACCAUAAAUUAUUAAUUGCUCGGUGAGAGGAGGGGGGAGGAAGAAGGAGAUUAAAAUCGAGAGAAAAUGUCGGGCCAGACCAUCACGGACCGUAUCGCGGCGGCCCAGUACAGUGUGACCGGCUCGGCCGUGGCCAGAGCUGUCUGCAAAGCCACAACCCACGAGGUGAUGGGACCCAAGAAGAAGCACCUGGACUAUCUUAUACAAGCUACGAAUGAGACCAAUGUUAACAUUCCUCAGAUGGCUGAUACUCUUUUCGAGCGAGCAACGAACAGUAGCUGGGUAGUAGUGUUUAAGGCUUUGGUUACCACGCAUCAUUUGAUGGUCCAUGGCAAUGAGAGAUUUAUUCAGUAUCUGGCCUCUAGAAAUACUUUGUUCAACCUCAGCAAUUUUUUGGACAAAAGUGGAACACAUGGUUAUGAUAUGUCUACAUUUAUUAGGCGAUACAGCAGAUAUUUAAAUGAAAAGGCAUAUUCCUAUAGACAGAUGGCAUUUGACUUUGCAAGAGUGAAGAAAGGGGCUGAUGGUGCAAUGCGAACUAUGGCUCCAGAAAAAUUGUUGAAAGGCAUGCCAAUACUGCAAGGGCAGUUGGAUGCAUUGCUGGAGUUCGAUGUGAGCCCUGGUGAAUUGUCAAAUGGAGUAAUAAAUGCUGGUUUCUUACUACUUUUCAAAGAUCUAAUCAAAUUAUUUGCAUGUUACAAUGAUGGAAUCAUUAAUUUGUUAGAAAAAUACUUUGAAAUGAAGAAAGGACACUGUAAAGAAGCACUAGACAUUUACAAAAAAUUCCUCACUAGAAUGACAAGAGUUUCAGAAUUUCUUAAAGUUGCUGAACAAGUAGGUAUUGAUAAAGGUGACAUUCCUGAUCUUUCUCAGGUAAUACAUCGGAGAAUUCUUGCUGACCUUAAAAAUUCUGACACUGAAAAUGCACCAUUAAAAGAUUGUACCAUUGAUAAUCCGGCUCCGAGCAGUCUUCUGGAAGCACUUGAGCAGCAUUUGAAUACACUGGAAGGGAAGAAAAAUGCAACUGGAGGUAGUAGGACCGCUGGAGCACCUUUACAGGGGAAUACGGGCUCUCCAGAACACGCAGGAUCAUCCCCCACCUCCAGUCCCGCGAAGAUGGCUGAUACUGCUGCAGUAGUUGAUCUCUUCUCUUCUCCACCCUGUGUUGCAGCUCCAACAAAUGCAUCCAAAUUGUCCAAUGAUCUCCUUGAUCUACAGCCAGAUUAUACAUCUGCAGUUCAGUCAACAGCAGCAGCGAACCCACCAGCCAGUGCCUGGGGAGAUCUUUUAGGUGAAGAUUCUUUGGCUUCUCCAGCCCUUCCAAAUGCCCCUGAGGCACAACCACCUGACCCAUUUGCAGCAGAGACUUCCUUGAAAACUUCUUCUCCUACAACAGUAGAUGCUGCCACCCCUACUGCUGCUGCCUCAGCAACAACCACUGAUAUGGAUCUUUUUGGAGAUGCAUUUGCAGCUUCUCCUACUGAAGAGUCAACAACAUCUGAAGGGGCAGGAGCAGCAGCAGCCCCUGUAACAACAGCAGCAGCAGCAGCAGCAGCGCUUGAUGCAUGUGCUGGAACUGACCCUUUUGCACCAUCUGAAGGUAGUGCAGAGGCUGCUGCUGAACUGGACCUUUUUGCUAUGAAGCCGUCUGAGGCCAGCGUUCCAACAACUACCCCCACCACUACCAGUGCAACUGCCAGUACAACUACCAGUGCCAUUACCAGCACAACUGCUAGUGUGACUACGACUGAGACUGUUACUGUUACUGCGACUGCUACUGUUACUGCGACUGCUACUACUGCUACUACCACAACUACAGAUACUCCUGUCACCACCACCACUGCACCUGUCCUUGAUAUUUUUGGUGAUUUUUUUGAUUCUGGUCCUGAACUAAAUGCAUCCACAACUAAACCAGAAGCAGGUCCUAGUAUAGACCUAUUUGCAUCAGAUGCUUUUUCAACCCCUUCACGUGGGGCUUCCCCUUUGCCAGAAAGUAAUCUUACUGCUGAUCUGUUAUCUGUCGAUGCAUUUGUAGCACCACCACCCACAAUCAGUGCCUCUCCUGCUAAAUCUGAGCCUUCAGCAGUACUUGAUCUGUUUGGUGAUGCCUUUGUCAGUAGUGCUCCUGAGUCUCAUCCUGCCACUCAGGCUCUUUCCAGUUCAUCUGCAUCAUCGGACUUGCUAGCUGGAUUUGGAAAUGCAUUUAUGACUACAACAGCUGCGACAGUGCCUCCGGUUUCGAAUAAUAUUUUACAACCUGACUUUGAAGCAGCUUUUGGUAUGACAACUACAAGUAAUGCACUUGAUUCUUCAGGUGAUCUUCUAAUGCCGACAGUGGCGUCACAAAAUCAAGCAACACUUGCAGGAAUGCCAACAACAAGUGGAACGCAGCAGCCGACAAAAGGCCUGGGGAGUGACCUCGAUUCUUCCCUUGCAAAUCUUGUAGGAAACCUUGGCAUUUCUCCAACUCCAGGAAAGAAGAGUGAUCUUCAAUGGAAUGCUUCAGAAAAGAAGUUGACAGGAGGAGCAAAUUGGCAACCAAAGGUUGCUCCAACAACAGCUUGGUCAGCAGGUGCUCCACCCAACAAUCAAAUGGGAGUUGCCCCACCAGUUGGACCUGCACCUAAUGCUCAGCCAGUACCUGGGGGAUUUGGGACGCCACCUGCAAGUACAAAUGUACCCAUGAUGCCUCCGCAGCCAAUGAUGUAUCCUCAGCCCAUGAUGAGACCAGCAUUUGGUGCUGGACCACCGCUUUCCCCAAGUCCAACGCCUGCUACUCAGAGCCCCAAGAAACCUGCAACAAAGGAUCCUCUAGCAGAUCUAAACAUCAAGGAUUUCUUGUAAACAAAGCUACAGUUCAUGCAAUGAUGGGAAUGCUGAAGAUGACAACAGUUGAUAUUCACUACUCCAAGCAAAUCACCAGUCAUGUUUCAAUGCUUAUUCAGACUUUCAUAUUGUAAAAGGUGUAGCACAACUGUGAAAGUAACCCUUAGGAAUGUACUUCUUGAUGUUAUGCCCUAAUUUAUCUGAAAUUGUCCAUUUUGGAUUGUGUUUUGCAACUUGAAAGAUGGGUGUAUGUUCCUGAUGCCUUUUAGUGCGUCUCUGCACCUAACGAUAACUUGGGUUGCAGAUUUGCAGCUGUUGUGUAUGAGCCACUUGAAGUAAUGUAUUUGUAUUCUUGAAAGUGCAAAUGUAUAUAAUUUCAUUGCAGAGCUUAGGAUGUCAUGUCCGUUCUGUAUACCUAUUAGCUUAUAGUCAUGAUUCUGGUAGCAAUUUGCAUAUAAAUGAAUGUGCUUACACCCCUCAAAUCUUCCAAGUCUGAUGUUUUGUCUGAAACAAUUCACAACUGCAAAAAAUGAAUUGAACAUACAAACAGUUUUUUAAAUAAGCAUUAUUUUCAAAUUAUUUAUAAUUCAUUUAAAAGUAAUAUAAAAUUUGACGUUAACUUCCAUGGUCUGCACUGAUCUUGGCAUAAAAGUGUUACUUGGCAAAAAUAUGCUGCAUACCAAGACAGAAAAUGUUAUCUAAAUGUCAUAUUUAUAUCUUAUCAGUAUGUAAAAUUGUUCUAUUUAAUUUCUUUUAAGUUGCAUUAUGUAUUCUUUGUUUAAUGGACCAGUAGUAAAAUAUCAGACAGUGGGAAUGUUUAUUUUGAAAAAGACAAUAAUGGAUUGAUGUUCUCGGAUGUCUUUCAGUAAGGGAUCACAACUGUUUAAAUGCACUUUUUUUCCUGCCAUCACCAGCUUUCAUAUCUUUUUUUUCAUCAACAGAUAUUUGAAGUUUUUUUGGAUGUUUUUUUGUCAUUAAACUGUUGUCUUUAAAUUUUUGUAUGUACGUGAGUAAUCCCAAACAUUACCCAUAAUCUCUUCAACACACCUGCACCUUUUAAAGAAAUUUUAUGUACUGUGUGUAUCCCAGGGAAAUGUCAAACUGUUUGCGCAAACUGCUUGGCAAAAGGUGUAGCCACCAAAUAAGGAGGUCACUGUUGAUCAGUGGAAUUAGUGUUCUCAGGCAUGACAGUUAUUUUGUAAAAAUGCUAUGCAGUUUGAAAGUGUUUCAUUUAUGUCUCUUUAGAUCUGUCAAUAUCUAUAUAGUAUACCAUUCCAAGUAACUGUAUCUGGAAUUAAUGUGGGGAAAAUACAUAUAUUUAAAAUAUUACUCUUUUAAUUUAAAUUUGUUUGAUUUUCUCUCUUUGAUCCAUUGCAUGUAUUCCCAUUGAGAUGCAAUAAAUGCGUUGAACAAAGUAAA